UUGCUCAAUACAUUAAUCAUGCAUGCCUAGUUUUCUUUUUUGGCACAUGAGGGGGGAAGAGAGGAGAGCUUGUGCUUCAUACCGCUUCCCGUCUGCCAUGGCUGCCCCUGGAUGGUGCGCGCUCUGGACCUUGUGCGUCUGCUUUACGGCUUUGCAAACAAAUGCUCUCAGGGUGACAAUGAGAGAGUCCACAAUGGAGGUGGUCCGAGGGGAUUAUGUCAUCCUUCCCUGCUCCUUCUUCACCUCCAGCCCGCUUUCCCGACUCAACAUAAUCUGGACACUGGCUCCGUUCUCCAGUCCAGAAUCUCCCAUUCAGGUGAUCGUGUAUGACCACGGUCAGAUUAUUGAAGACCCUUCGCUUAUUGGGAGGGUGGGCUUUACAGGUCUCCCGUGGAGUGCCGAUAUCAUGGUCAAUGACACUCGCGUGUCUGACGCCGGGGUUUAUCGCUGCAUGGUUAACAACCCUCCGGAAGCGGCGGACCCUGGAAUAGGGGAAUUGCUGCUCACUGUUCUGGUUGCACCAUCAUUGCCCGCAUGCCGGUGGGAUGGCGACAUGGACACCGGGGGCAGCGUCACCUUGUCGUGCUCAGUUGCCGAGGGCAUUCCCACUCCGGAAAUCCGCUGGGAUAAACUCAACCCCGAGGAGAUUUCACUACCCAUCAACAUGGAAGACAAAUUGCCUCCGAUUCAAAGUGAGAAGUUUGGUUCAAACCUUGCGAUUAUUUGUCAGGCGAGCUGUCGGGUUCAGUCCAAAUCAUCAACGUGUCUGCGCAGACGUCCGGCCUGUAUCGAUGCUCCGCCUCCAACCUGCUCGGAACAGAGAACUGCUACAUCAACCUGUCCAUCUAUAGCGGUGAACGCCAGUCUCGCUUCCCUUUCAAACCUCCGUGAAGUUGGCCCUCCAUCAGACGCAAAUUUAUAGAAAAAUUUCAUUUGUGCUAGGUUUGUGCUGAAAUUAUUUUAGUUUGUGCUAUUGUUUUUGAGAUAUUAACAAUUUUUUAUAGGCCAAUCUGAGGUCAACCAGUCGCCCAUUUUGAUUAAAAAUGGCUAAAAAAUGGUGCCAUUUGUUUAUGCUACGUUUGUAAAAAAUUUCGUUUAAGUACCCCAAAAUAACUAUCCAAAAGUUCAAAAGUAUUGUAUUUUGUUUAAUCCGAUUCAGCGUGUCCAAAGUGUGGCCUCACCCCAGCUAAUUUGAGCCAUAUGUUUUGGUUGUGUCCCAAGCUUUAUGCAUUCUGGAGAGAGAUUUUCCCUGCACUGUCCUCCUUAUGCAACAAGGAUAUUGCGCCAAACUGUACAACAGCGUUGUUUGGGAUUGUCCCAUCAAAUAUGUUAGUUUCAUUUCACCAGGCCAGUGCAAUAGCUUUUAUUACUUUACUCAUUAGGCGCAUGAUUUUAUUUAAUUGGAAAAAAACAGCCUCCAUAUUUUAAAAGCUUGAUUGAAGACGUUAUGGCCAAUCUAAAAUUGGAACACUUAAGACGUGUUUCUAAUGGCUCUCUCCAGAACUAUGAAAAAACAUGGCAUCCAUUUAUAACCUUUUUUCAGACUGAAUUUAAAACCUAGCUUUAGCGACCAUCCAAGGUGUUACAGCCUUGCUUCCCCUUUAUUAUUUAUUUAUUCUAGAAGUCUCCUUCCCCUCUGCUUUCAAUUCCAAUGUGUUCAGAUUCUCAUAUAUUGUUUUGAAAAUAAUGCUGAAUUUAUAUGCCCCCCAGGGGUCGCGUUAACCGGAAAUUUUCCGUCGUUGACCGGUUUUUUAAAACGGUGACGGAAAAAACUGAAGUCCGUCAGUCAUUUUGACAGGUUGCAAUUCACACCCCAGACCACAGGGUGGCGAGUUAGCAUAUUAAUUAGCUAUUGUCUCUCUUAAUGCAUGACGUCGUUGGCUAUUCUGUCAGAAUAUUGUAGCGUCACCGGGGUCUGGCGGCGGCACCGUGAUUGACACAUCAACGCGAGGUUCAUAUUGGUGCACCCGGUGUGCCAGCGCGUCAUCCAAUUGAUGGACAAGAUUGCCGCCUGUGUAUAGACCCCAAUCACAUGACGUCACAACUCCGCCCCCCUGACCGGAGCCGCCAUAUUGUGUGUCAGCCCGUCAUGUUUAUACAUUACCGCUACGUACAUGCCUCCUAUUACGGCGUGUUUUUCUGCUCAUCAAUAUUAAUAAUCAAAAUGGUGAAGGCGUGUGUGGCGGUUGGUUGCUGUAACAGAGAAGAUAGACGGAGAGACUUGAAGUUCUACCUUAUUCUGAGAGACGCGAAGAUGAGAGCGAGAUGGACUGCUGUAAUUCGACAAGAAAUCUGGGCACCAAACGAUCACCACAGACUAUGUAGUAGUCUUUUUAUAUCUGGUAAGAUGCAUUUAAUAUAUAUUUAGAAGAUUUUGGGCUGACAACCACAGUUAAGAUCAUUGUGUGACGUUGGUGAUUGGGGUCUAUAUCGUUGCCUCCUUUUCUUUGGGGGCGGAGUUGUUGGCGGUAAGCAGAGUAAAAAGGGAGAAAAAUACCACGACUUCCGUGUCUAAUUUUUCGCCGCCAAGCAAGCGUUACAAUAUUAAUUAAAAAUGAAUGAAAACUAAAUACUAUUGAAUAUGUCAUCAUUAUCAUUUUAAAAAUUUAAGUGACUGGUAAAAAUAGACUAUGACCGGAUUUUUAUGACCAUGUCAGUCAAAAUGACAGACAACGAAAAUGUCUAGCGCAACCUCUGAUGCCCCCCAUGAAAUACUCUCAGGUGCUGCCCAGUUCUGCCUACCUACCCAUAGAGCCUGUGCUCCCAGAGUCUUUGGAGUGGAAUCUUCAAAUUAAGUGGCCGUAUUUGAUAUCCCAGACUAUGUACUUGUGUAUGGUUUGUCUGUUUCGUUUUUUUUUUUUUUUUUUUUUUUGUCGUCAUUGAGUGUGUGCACUGAUUACCGCUUCCAUGUCAGUUUAUGGAUAGCAUGAAUAUGUAGUCUGUUUUUGUUUAUUCCAUAUUGUUCUAUAUUGUUUGUUAUAUGUUGCUUUGUUAUGGAAAAACCAUUAAAAAGAUUUGACACGUAGUAGUAGUAGUAGUACGUAAAUCAUCCAGUAUGCGUGUGUACUGCCAUUGUGCAUGCCUUGUACGGACAAAAUGAGCGAACAAGACAAAUGUGGACCAAAACGGCCGUUUUUGGAUGCGGAAAAACUAAAAGCACCCCUGCUGUGAGUGACUUCCAGUGCCCGUAGGUUGAUCUGUAAAAGAAUUGUAAAUAUCUUAAAAACAAUAGCGGCACAAAUGAUUUUUUUUUAUAGCACAAAUGAUUGACAUCAGAUUUAUAUAAAUUUGCGUCUGAUGGGGUGCCAAACUUCACCGAGGUCUCCUGUAAUACUCCGUUUCCCUUACACACCUCACUAAGUCUAUUUCAGCAGGUGAAGAGAGUUCCUCAGGGAUCCUCCAGGGGGUGCUGCUGACCCUAUCCAUGAGCCUAAUGCUGUUAGCACUGCUGGUUCUCAUGACGUGGCUUCAUCGCACUGGCCAGGAUGGUCGAUGGAGGGUCUCCAAGGAGGAAGAGGAGGA